AUGUCAAACUCUACAGGUGCUGAAGCAGCUUCAAAUCCAGAUAGAUUCGUCUAUCACCAGUUAUUCACACCCAACUUCUACCAUGACGUGUAUCCGUCUAUCGAACCCGAGAAUCCGCAACUGAAACAAGAUGGACGUAUCAUUCUGAUUACGGGUGCCAGUGGGCCAAUAGCAUCAGUAGGUCCUCUACAGUUCUUCGCAAAGGCAGGAGCAAAAGAAAUUAUUCUAAGUGCUCGUCGUCUCGAUGUGUUGGAGUCGUUGAAAAAAGAAAUCGCAAACAUCAACUCAGCAGUCGAAAUCGACUGCAUUCAAGGGGACUUGACGUCCGAAGAAGAUGUCAACAGCCUAUGGAAUGACUCGAUAGAAAAAUUCGGCACAAUCAAUGUCGUUAUCAGCUGCGCUGCAUCGCGCUCCCAAAUGAAGAAAAUUGGAGACACAGAUAUUCAGGGAUGGUGGAGCGAUUUUGAAACCAAUGUGAAGGCGCUUUACCUAUUGGCCCGCCAUACAGCAAACUUGAAAUCAGAAAGCCCGGCUACUUUUAUCAACGUUACAAGUAGCAUGGCUAUUGAAACUAUCCCUACGAGAUCGAACUAUGCUAUUACCAAAUCAGCAGGCUGUCGACUCAUAGAAUAUCUACACACAGAACAUCCAAAUGUGCGAGCAUUCAAUCUCCACCCAGGCAUUGUUCCGAAUGGAGUACAGUUUACUAUGCUUUCGGGCGCAAAUGUAGACACUGCUGCAUUAUCCGCUGGGGUGUCGUUGUAUCUCACCACUCCUCAAGCUGAGUUCUUAAGGGGAAGAUUUAUAUCGGCAAACUGGGCGAUAGAUGACUUGGAGGCUAAGAAGGAUGAGAUUGUAAAGCAAAAUCUGCUUACAACAUACAUCAGGGCGAAAUUUGGCCCAGGAGGGCAUUUCGCUCAGCAGUAA